AUUUUGUCGAUGAAGUGAGUAACAUUCCCUUUAAAAGUUACGCUGCUUUUAAAUUCUCUUUUGGGGAACAAACCCACUGAUUGUAAAGUAAAAAUACAACUUUCUUUUGCUGCUGGUCUAUCUUGCUAACAUUGAUGUUAGCAACGAGCCUGUUGGUGUAAAUGCUCUUCACUAGAAUGGACCUGUUGAACUCUCAGUUCCUGGACAAGAUGAACAAUAACAUCGGGAGACUGCACUACGAAGAUGAGUCCAGGACACCCUCCCUGCCCACUGCUAUGUCCAACAUGAGCGGGCCUCCUCCACACUGCCCAAGCAAACGGAAGUAUGGCGAAGAACAAAUGGACGACCGGAUCAACUGUGACGAUGACCACAUGACCAAAAUGAGCAGAUUGUUUGCCACUCAGCUGGCCCGUCCCUCUGCUGGAGACAAUCGUAAUGAGCACUGGCGCCUCGGCCACACUCCUAUGGAGCACAUUACUUCCACCUCCAACGGCCUCCAUGGAAACCACCUGUAUGCUUCCAUUUCUAGCUAUGCUGUAGAUCAGCCUCUGGCUCUGACCAAAAGCAGCCACAACAUGGGAGUCGGGGCCAGAGAGAGGUCUGUCAUUGGUGGGACUGUAGAGCGGCAGCAGAAUCGUCCCUCCGUUAUUACCUGUGCCCCUGCGAGCAACCGCAAUUGUAACCUGUCGCACUGCCACAUGAAUGGCUGUUCACCCAGUCCACCUGCUGAUCAGAAGACCAACGCUAACACAGAAUGUGAUCCUGUGAUUGAAGAGCACUUCCGUCGCAGCCUUGGAAAAAACUACAAAGAAGCAGAGCCCGUGUCCAACUCAGUGUCCAUCACUGGUUCAGUGGACGAUCACUUUGCCAAGGCGCUGGGAGACGCCUGGCUCCAAAUCAAGGCUAAGGAUGGGGGUCACCAACCGUCAGAGGCAGAUCCAUGAAGCAGAGGGGAGUAAACAUAACAAUCACUUUCUUAGUGUUCACAUAUGAGAGUGGAGAUUGCCCACUGUCAUCUCUUGCCAAGCAUCAACUUUCUUUAGCCAAGAACAAUGUAAGACAUAUGGUGCUCACAUAGGCUGUUUUCCUUGUGAACCUCGAGGUCGACCUUUUAUUAGAACACUCGGCUCAGAUUUGUAUUCUAAAAAAAUUGGAGACGUCUCUUUUAUUGAGGAAGACAAAAUAAAUCUUGCACAGUUGGGUUGACGAUGUAAAUUGUGGAAACUGUACAAUCAGAGAUUUUAUUUUGCAUUGAUAAUGAGAUUCACAAAGUGGCUCAUGUUCUGUUUCACCUGUCUUGAUAGCCAAAGAAAUCCCCCCCUCGCCUUUCCCAUCAACAUAUAUAAGCCAUAGAUCUGGUCUUCAUUGUUUUUCAUUCUAAAAUCACACUGCUUUUUAAUCUAUAUUACUUGAAAAAGACAGCCAGGUCUCAUUUGCUCUUUUACGUUUCUGACCGUUUAGGGUAGCAGGUUACCUGUUUCAGUUGGAACUGAUGUGUUCAAGAAUGCGUUUUAUGUUUUGAAAUUGUGAUAAUGCAAUUAAGGCUCUGGUUCCCCCUCUUCUUUCUGAAGACAUGCAUCUUUGUUAUGAUCCUGAACUGGACUUAUCCUCUGUUAACUGAAUAAUUUUUAGUUUCCUGUCUAUAUGCUCACUGUGGCUGAUUACUUAGUAAACUAAUAUCAAUCAUAAUAGAUGUGACUAACUAGAAAGCAUGUUUCCAAAUAGCUGGUUUCUAUUACACACCUUAUUCUAUACUAUAUAUUUACUCAGAAUUUAUUUUUUAUCUGUAACAUUUUAGAAAUACUCACUGCUGGUACAGUUGUACUCAAUAUAUUUUUUGUAUCUGGUUUUCAUUACUAUAUGUAGGUGCAUAUCCUAGUAUCCAUCUACAAAUCAGAGCCUCUGGAAAGGUUGUCUGAAUGCAGUUUAAAAGGCUAUAUUGCAUAUUAUUCCAUGGACCUGGAUGCUAUAUCUUUCUACAUGACUGAAUACAGCUAAAUCUGACCUUCAGUAACAGUCUAUUAGCAGUGGCGUUAUUUAUUCUGUUAGUUUCAUGUUGACUUUUUGGCAAAUCGUGGUGACGACAAAAUUAUAACUUUUAAUUUGUUUAUUUUUAAAUGAAAACAGCAGAGGAGCAGUUUUAGUUCUCUUGAAAUUAAGAUUUAUAUGCACAUGCAACUCAUGGGCAGGCAUCAAUAUUCCACCAUGACUGCCUGACAUUUAUUAGUCACUUAGUUGUGUUUAGCAGGCACAAAUAUGACAAAUAUGUUUGUCCUUUUUAAUCAGGGUGAUGUCAUGGAAAGAGCUGCAAAGAAUCUCCCUCUAUUAAAGAGAAAAGGUUCACGUGGGUUACAAAGUUUUUUUUUUUUUGUGCAGUUGAGUUUAACUUAAUUUCUCACUCUUCUGAAAUUAUUAGAAGUAGCGCAACCUAUUUGUCAACACUGAUUAUGGUAUGGUAAAUUCAGAUAUUUUUUUUGUAUGUCAAUUAACUGUCUGUGAAACAUAAACUUUUGCAUUAAUAUUCUGCAGUUUUUAAGUUGUUACAUACGAUAUCCUGUCUUUAUAUUUUAUUUUACUCAUAUAAGACUAUCAUUGCGCCGCGCGGAAUGAUCAUAGAUAUUUUGUUUCUAUUCAGAGUAGUAUACUCAUACGUAGCAUGGAUACUCAUUAUCUUCUAACCAUGCUUUUUAAAAAAAAAAUCUUUCUGAAAGUUUUCCCACAAAAGUCAGAUGAUGGAUAAGUGCAGGAACACAACAGUCUUUUGAUCAAAGACUUUCUUGGUGCAGUGUCAAAGACUUCUGUACUAACCGUUUUAAAGAGUUUGUUUAGCUUUCUGUGUGUACCAUAGUGGAUUUUAGGGACUAUCAUGGAAACUGCUUGUUUGACACAAGUAGAUUUUUCAAUAAUAUGUUUGGGGUAAUAGUCCAUUGUUAUUUAAUUGCUAUAUUUAGACUACCUGUAUCUCAAAGACUGUUUGCAGAAAGGUCCUGCUUCAGGUGUCAUCCACAUAGAAAAAAAAGUAACAUUUGUUCACAUUUGUCCUUAUUUCUCUGGAAGAAAAUGCCACUGUUUUGUACUUAACUUCUUCCAAAUAAACACAAAUGCAAAUGCAUA